UUGGAUACGGCACAGGACAUUACAAUGAGGGUGAACAUGGACUCGUUGGGUCUUUUUGUCCUGCUAAUUUCUACGUUUCUCCACUGGACAGCUGCUUCUUCUGCUGAUGAAAUCAGCUGGAGCUAUUCUGGUUUUGUUGGUCAGUCUGAGUGGUCAGAGUAUUUCCCUGACUGUGGUGGUACUUCCCAGUCACCUGUGGAUGUGAUAACCACUCAGACUAAAUAUGACCCCAGUCUGGUGCCUGUGAUGCCGCUAGGCUACAGUCAGCACGGCAACCAGCCCUUUUCGAUGCACAAUAACGGACACACAGUGAUUGUUGAGCUGCCAGAGUGGAUGGGACUUGGGGGGCUACCGUGGUUCUUUACAGCCGUUCAGCUGCACCUUCACUGGGGGAAUGGAGGCCCAGGUGUAGGGGGCAGUGAACACACCAUCAAUGGGAGAAGUUCAGAUGCAGAACUCCAUGUGGUCCACUACAACGCUGAACUUUACCCCAACAUGUCCGCAGCAAUGACGCAGAGAGAUGGCCUGGCUGUUUUAGGAAUUCUCAUUGAGACAGGUGAAGAGACGAAUCCAGGAUUUAAUAACAUCCUCAACUACAUGAGCCGAAUCAGACAUGCCGACCAGAGAACGUUCAUCCCAGCCUUUGACGUCCAGUCUUUACUCCCCAAAGAUCUAGGACGCUACUAUCGAUACAACGGCUCCCUGACCACCCCGCCCUGCUACCAGAGUGUCAUCUGGACCCUGUUUCAUGAAAGGGUUCAGAUCUCAAAAGCACAGCUCCUGAAGAUGGAGAUGAUGCUUUACUCCAGUAAAGUCCAGGAAGUUGACAGGAUGCUGCUGCAGGACAACUACAGGAUAACACAGCCGCUCAACCACAGGAUCAUCUUUGCCUCCUUUUCUGCAGAAUCAGGGAGGGAGCUCUCAUCUGGUGAAGUCACAGCCAUCGUGAUAGGAGUGAUGUGUGGCUGCGUGGGUGUGGCGGUGAUCAUUCGCUUCAUCGUGAAGACAAUACGAUUUUUUAAACUCCUCCAUCUUGAAACGGUCGUGGUAAACAGCUCUACUUCUAGCUGGGACGUCCUGCACAAUAACCGGCCUGCUCCAAUGCCAAGAACAAAGGAGACAGAGAAAUCACAGGAGAUAAAAACAGACUUGGCUCUAACGUUAACCUCAAAAGCUGAAAGGAAAGAAGAGUUGUCACCCUCGCCUCAGACCGAGCCGUAGCUUUAUAUCUCACAUCAGGAUGUUCUGUCUUUUUUUCUCAUCAGAGGUGAUUUUAUGGAUCAGUCUCCUAGGAAAAAGCAACAAUAUUUUCCCUGAAUCGAUCACAAAAGAGAGAGAGGAAUAAAACAUUCUUUCUUGAUUUUGUGAUAAAGGUCUUUUCCACUUAAAUUUGGCAGAGUUUUUAGUCAUGUUAUGAGACUAUAUUCUACCCAAAACCAAGUAAAGCAACUGAUGCUGGUUUAAUAUUCAGGUGUGUUUCAUACAUGUGUAUACUUGAGAUGAGGAAUGCACAUGAAAUAUGUUUUUUCUUUUUCUUAGUCUUAAUGUAAUUUCUGUCACAAUAUUUCAAGCACUCUGCACUAAUACUGUGUAAGCUUUUUACAGCUAAACUCUAAGGAAAUGUAAAAAAUAAAUGAUAAAACAGACUGAUGUAAAAACAUGACAGGUGACAUGUAUAUACAGAUGCUGUACAAACAUUUCAGAUCGGAUUUUAAUUCUGCACAUUUUGUUGUAAAUGGAAGUUAUAUUUAUGUACAUGCCUUUACUCUGUAGAAGAAAGAAAUAUAAAAGCUGCAUGUCAUCUGCACAUAUCUGUUUAUUGUUGUUUUGUCUAACUUGUCUGCCUGAGCACUGCAUUAAAACACUUGAAUGCUG